AUGAGCAACACCUCCUGCAGCGAAGAUGAAGACGCUGAAAUGUCGCCGCCACUCCUGCCGGAAACAGCGACUCCACCCCACUCCAGUCUUUGGCCCACGUUGCUGCGGAGUGGGGAGGAAACUCCACUCGGCGACAUCGACGACAGCAGCGGCGGCAGCAGCAGCAGCAGCAGCAGCGGCAUCCUUGGCGCGAAUGAGCAACUGCCUCGUCGCAAGAAGGUGGAAGUGGAAGUAAACGCAAAACAAGGGCUCGUACAUGGACGGAUGCCUCCAUCGGAAACUCCUGGCCGCAGGAAAGCACUGCUCUCAACUGUUGCCGUGAAUUUUUGGCGGGAGAUGCGGUACAAGGCGUUGCUUCCGCUAAACUGGGGAACGCGAUCAGAAUUUUCCGUGAUGUUGGCCAGAGAUGCCGUUGACGGCCGCCUCGUCACUACACGACGCUACUGUUGUCGCUGUGAAACAGCUGCUUCACCGGUAGAGAGUCUGGAGAACGGAGGUUCUGUGAAUGCGUCUUUUAUUCCCUUCACGGCGGCGUGGAAACGGAGAAUGCAGUCUCUGCUGAACCUCUGUCAUACAAAUGUGAAUCCGGUAACAGAUAUGCUUAUGGAUGCGGAGCGGCAGGAACUGUUGUUGGUGCACCCGUAUGUGGACGGCAUGCAGCCUCUGGCCUGUGUCUUUCAGCACCACCCUUGCCUGAUACAUCGUGACUUGACCCCCUCCUUACUGAUGUGUAUUGUGCGGAAUGUGGUUGAUGGUCUGCUCUUUUUGCACCACCAUGGCGUCGUACACGGCGCAAUAUCCCCAUGGACUAUCCUUCUUGGCGUGGAAGGACUUGCGUUGCUGACAGGGUUUGGGGUUUCAGAGCUGUGUCCGUGCCCACGCGGCGAUAAUCCCAGUGGUGGCAGAAUGCGCCCGUUUUAUUUGGCACCUGAGGCCAGGCAUCCGGUGUCGCAUUGGCGCCGUGCCACAGUAGCCGCGGACGCCUUCGCCGUUGGCGCCCUUACCUUUGCUCUGACGUGGGAGAAGCAGGACGGAGCGUACGCCGCGCUUCGGCAGGCGAUGACGGGCGUGAUGCACAGCGACCCCCAGCAGCGCAUGACCCUCCACGAACUUUCGUUGCUUCUCGGAGAGCUCGCAUCGCAGGGCACACUCACCGAGACUGUCUCCCAGAACUUGGGUGGGCGGCUGGUUGCAGCACCAGUAGCUGAGGACCCCGCACCGUCCUCAAGGGAAGAAGAACGUGCAAGCCCAUCGUCACCCCGUGCGGCUUCCGUGGUUGGGAUUUUGCGGCGCGACACCUCUCCUUUGCUUCACCUCGAGACGGGACUGGAUAAAUGGAGAUCGUCAAUAACAACAACGAGGGCGAUGACACACAAGCAGCGAAGGCGUCAUCGUCGGUCCUUUCGGGUUUUAUUUCGAUGGCGCGUUGUCGCUGCCGCCGUGCUUUUCUGCACCGUCCUCGUUCGUGGGGGCAGAGAACGUCGACGGGCUUUGGCGGCACGCUUGUUAUCAUCUGCACGAAAAGUACCGCUGAGAAACAUGCGACGCAUGAAUUGUGGCGGGUCUCCUUCGGCGUCGGCGUCGGUGUCGUCGACGACACGCCCACGACGGCCCGUGACGCUUGAGAGGCAUCGCUCUAGCUGA